CGCUUGUCUGAAAAAUUGAAGACUAUAUCGCCAUUAUCGGGUAAUGAAGAGAAAGAAUAUCCAGUUUGGUUGUUUGUUGACAACAUACACGAAAUGGUGAACUACACAUGCUUAAACGACCUGAUCCGUAUGUACGUCAAGGGCUGGACACAGUACCGUAAUCGGGGGCGUCUUGUCUGUGCAGUGUCCAGAUAUGGACUUGUGGGUUUGCUGAAAAAGUUCCGUAUAAACUACUCUGACCUCAAUACACAAGUGGUGAAUCCGACUGAGGAGGUUGCAUGGUCGUUACUGAGACGGUCCUACAACGAAAUGAUCUCCGACCCCGCAAACGAGCCUAAGAUAAGAGAGUUUUUGGAGUACGUUGGGUUUGUUCCCCGUUUGGUUGAGUCAUUAAUACAAGAAUGUAGAGUACAAAAAAGAAAAGGAGAAGAUAUAGAAGCUAUUAUUGCAAGAGUCACACGCAGCACAAUCAAAAAUUUACAUUAUGUUCUUAACGAAGAUGUUCAAUCUCUUAGUCCCGGAUCACGAUAUGCUCAUAUCUGUGCACUAGCGUUAUGUGUUUCGAGAGGGCUUCAUCCCGCAGAAUUGCCCACCCUCGUGGACAAAAUGAAUGUGUCUUGGACCUGUCUGAAGGAAACUUCGGAUGAAGUGUUAACAUCAGUGUCUCCUCUUGCAACGCAUGUUGUCAACCAGCAUCUUUCCACUGAUGUUUCCCUUCGGGACGAAACGGUUGAACUACUCAAGCAAGUCAACCUCAAAGGUGAAAGCAAUGUUCGCGGAUACAUUUUUGAAACACUCAUAUUUUCGAACUUUACUAGUGCAUCGGCGCGUUUGACGUUAUUGGGCAUGACGAAGGACAGGAAAGAAGUAAACUUAACCACGUUAUCCCAAGCAGGAGUGGUUCUCAAUCAAAAACAGUUUACGUCUACGUUUGAACCAGAAAAGAAUAUAUGUUAUGCCACUCCAAAUAUGAAGGGUGUUGACUUUAUUCUGUCGCUUGAAAGGGAGGUUUAUUUAUCCAAUGUACAGUCAAUAAAGCCUUCAUGACUGCAAAAGCGUCGUUUUGGCAAACUUGUCCGAGCGAGUGGACACCUGUACUCAUUACGGUGUUUGAUGUAGAAGAUACUAUGCGAAGCCUACUCACCUCGAAUGGAACUCUAUCAAAUGAAUUUAAGAAUGGGAAAUUCUACAUUGGGGAUGCUAAAACAUUGUUAACAGAACAUGAAAUUAAAUUAUGUUCUCCAGCAUAAUUUAAUUAAAUCUUCUGGCGUUGCUGAAUUGAUUGUGAAAUGAUUGGGUCAUUAUGAAAUAAUUUGAUGGGUGAAUUGGUGAUAAUUGUAAAAACGUAUUUAGAUAAUCAAUAUUAACAUAUUUAGAUUUAUUCAAUGGUUCAUAUUUUAAUGGGAUUUAUGC